CGCAGACCUCAACUUAUGGCAAACAGGGAAAGGCAUGUCAGCACAGGAAGGAGGUUGACGUGAUUUCCGCAGGCUUUGGACCGGGGAAAGUUGUUUCCUGAAGUUGUCACUGUAGAUCAUUUUCCACCCCGAAGUCUUGCUACAUGUGUGACAUGAUGUGGACAGGUGUGUCUGAUAUCUGAUCCAUACUCAGAGCUGUUUGCCACGGAGAAGAUGAGCUCCGUGCAAGAAGACACAGAGGAGAGCCUGGAAGCCCUGCUGGCUGAUUGCAGAGCUCAGGUCGAGCAUUGGCAGGGUGUGGCGACAAUCUGUGAGCUGAGCAAACAGGAGGAACUGGCAGAGCUGCAAAAACAAUGCGAUCAGGAGAUCCAGUCUUUACAGGAGGCUCUCAGAGAGACAGCAGCACAGUAUGAGGCCAGGAUAGCUGUUCUUCAGUCUCAGCCUGUGCAGUGGAGGAGAGCCAGUACACCGAGUCUGAUCAGUGGUAGAAAAGGCAGGAUGAAUGCAGAAGUCUCCGGUAAAGAUUCCCAGACAUCGAUCACCAACAACCUGACAGAGGUAGAGGCGGCGGAAUCAGCAGACAGGACGCACAGCCAGUCAGCCGAGCCUGAGGCAGUGGCAGAGGGAGAAGGGGGUCCACUUCCGACAGAAGGAUAUUUUUCAUUGCGGAACUGUGACUCGGCCUCGUUGUCCUCCUUCUCCUUAGACACGCCCUCCCUGCCCAGAAAACCUCAUGCUCAAGAUGACACGGACUCACUGGUGUCCACAGGAACUUUGGUGCCUGAGGCCAUUUACCUGCCGCCAGCUGGACACCGGCUGGUCACACAUAAUGACUGGGAUGCACUCAAUGCUCAGGUGUCAGAACUGCAAGGGCAGGUGAGUCGGCUGCAGGCUGAGAAGGAGGAGCUGGAGAAAGAAUUAGACACACAGACCAACCGCACACACAAACAGGUAACAAUGCUCCAGUCUCAGGUGCAGACUUCAGAGGCCCUCCUCCAGGAUUUGCAGAAAUCUUUUAGCCAAUCACAGAAUGCCGUCCAGAGUCGGCUGGCAGAGUUGUCUCUUUCUCAGAGGCAGGUGUGCAACGAGCUGUCGAGACUGAAAGGGGACGAGGUGGAGAAUGAGGUACCAGACUCCUGCUCCACAUUCCCAGCAACACUGCAGGGGGCGCACUCUGAGGAGCGCCUUCGCAUUGAGAUUGUCAACCUGAGGGAGCAGCUGGGUACUCGGACAGAGGAGAACGAGAUUUUAGAAGUGCAGUUUUGCAGUCUGAAGACGGAGACGGAGAGGAUCCAGGCUCAGAAAGACCAGUUACAGGCUGAGCUGCUUGCCUGCCGCGCUGAACUUGAAGCCCUGCGGGUGGCACUCUCUCAUGUACAGAGCACCAACAAGACCCUGACCAAUGACAAAGCAUCACUGAAGCAGCAGUGUCUGGAGCUGCGAAGCCAAGCGAUCAGCAUGCGCUCCCAGGUUGAGACCAGCCAGACCGUACAGAGGGACUUUGUCCAGCUCUCCCAGUCGCUACAGGUGAAGCUGGAGUUGGUUCGGCAGGCCAAGAGUCUGGAACAAGUCAAGGAGAUCCUGGAGGAGGAAAGGAGUAAAGCUGCUUCAUCGCGCGAGGAGGCGUCGCCAUGAGUUUUAGUAAGUCACACUGGAACCAAAGACAAGAUGAACCAUCCCAAGGACCAACGAAUGAACACUGUGGUAGAGUGAUCACUGGGAAUAUCACAGCUGGUGCUCUUAGUGCUGUGACACUGGAGACAUUCCUCAGCAGAGACGUUUUGUUUUGGAGAUGACAGCUUGGUGUCACUGACCACACUGAUCUCUGAUGAACCAGUUUUCUUACACUCCUUUUCUUACAUCUGGUAGCAUUUUUAUUUCUUCACUAAAACACAUGUAUUCUAUUUAUAAAACUGGCAUGCCUUCAGCAAAACACUCAACAUUGCAACACUUUAUUUUGCACCAUGUCAGUGAUUAAUAUGCAAACUACAUGAUCAUUUUCCCAUGCAAACGUUUUAUUUGCAUCUUCUUUGAGUUCUAAAAGCAAUGGCUCACAGUGCAAUAAUGAAGUAAUACAAAAUACUCUUAACUAUGUCAGAUGUCAUUUUUAUUUUGUAUUACUUUACAGUUUUUUCUUUUAGCGUAGUAUUAACUAUUCCAGAUCUGAGUUUCACCACAACACCUUAUAGAUUUAAGCAAGUUUAUGAUAGUGGAUUAGCAAAGAAGUAAAAAUCAAUGUUGUUUUUCCAUUGUUUGUGAUAACAUGGUGAAAACUGUUACAUAUUAUUCUUCAACCUUUGAGUUCAUAAUUAAAUACUAUGAUAGUUUCUCAACCUUUGGCUCAGAACUCCAUCCAGGGUUGCUUAAUGUGUAAGCAGGGUCACUGUAAAUUUCUAAGACUAGUAAACAACGAUACACAGCAUAAUGGCCAUAAAAGGUUGAAAAACCCUGAAUAAUCUAACACAGAUGCCAAGAGUUAACUUCAUAUACACAUAAUACUCUAGUGUUUGACGUGUUCAGUUUUAAUCAUACAACAGUCAGAAAUCACUCAACAUUAAUAUAUUUACAAUUAUUUGGCAGUGGACUAGCUAGAUACAGAAGAGCUUCUGUUUGAGCAGAUGUUUAAUGUCAGUACCACAGGAUUGCCACUGACCGUGUAACUAACCCUGUUAAUGUCAUGAGAUUAUACUAAACAGCUAAUAACAAAACUGACAUCCAACUUGGACAGUUUCUUUAAUACAUACCUUUAUUCUUUAAGAAUACAACCAACACAAUAGUUACCUAUAUAUUAAUUUCAGUACAUACACAAAAAAAUAUUUUGCAGCAUUUUUUUUUUGGUGCAUUUUCUAUGGCAGCGUAUUCCUGCAACCCUGAUAAAUGUUUUUCUUUAUAACGAGAUACUGUAUUUUCUCAUAAUGAUAACUUCAGUGAAAUAUAGUUUCAAAUUUAUGAAACAUCUAAUGUUACAACGCUCUAGAAAGGAUCAUAUCACUUCUCCUCCCUUAUGCGAGAUGUCAGUGAGUAACAGCAGCACACAGACCAACUUU